CUGGACAAACUUGUCGGUCUCGCGAUGCUCGUCGCUGCGUCUGUUGUAUUUCUAUACUAUACUAUUUGGACUCUUCUCAUGCCCUUCGUCGACUCGGACCAUCCUCUCCAGAACGUCUUCCCUCCUCGAGUUUGGGCUAUUCGCAUCCCCGUCAUUCUUAUCCUCUUGGCCUCGGCCGUUGUGGGAUCAUUCUUGAGCGUAGUCAUGAUUCGAAGCAACAGGAAGAGAGUAGCAAAGGCAAAGGCCGCCGGAAAGAAGAAGGCGUAA